CUCCUUUAGCAAUCGCAUGAUUUUCGGUGACUGCUCACCUUGUGGCCAUCUUGACCACCGAAACUUGUCUCACGAGUAUCAUUAUUUCUCAAAAUACAAUGAAGUCUCCAGAGUCUCGCUCCACUGCCGCUGCUACUGCUAAGUUCUGACGGGAGUCACACUUGUCUCCGCAUACAAAUGGACUCUCAUCCUUCCCCUACCAAACAAAAGGCCUCCAAGCAAGCCUGCGACAACUGUCGUCGGCGUAAGAUCAAGUGCUCGAGAGAGCUUCCCUGCGAUAAGUGUCGACGCCUUCUUCUUUCUUGUUCCUACAGUGAUGUGCUCCGGCGCAAAGGCCCCAAAUUCCGCACCUUAUAUCCACUUGCGCCCAUUCAUCCCCUGGUAUCACGACAACAGAAUACAUACCAACAGAAUUCGUCACAAAAUCCGUUAAACAAGCAAUGGACUGCAGAUGGAGUGGGCUAUCCGUUAAGCUCACCAAUGUCGCCUUCUUUCACAGUGGCAGACCCUCAAUACUUACCCCAUGACGCUCCCGAGCCGUUCUCUCAGUUUCCUCCGCCAGAGCUAGUCUCCUCACCCGACUCAACCAAUUCAUUGUCAGACUCUAGUAUGGCACUAGUGCGCCCUUAUGCAAGACGCCUGUCUGCUCCGGUGCUACUUGCUCAUGUGAAUGUUUAUCUAAAAUAUCUGUUCCCCAUCAUGCCUGUGGUGCGGAAGGAGGAGCUUCAACAAGAUUGCCACCAGCCUGAACGGUUAUCGCCCCAACGAUAUGCCUUUCUUGUCGCCCUAUGCGCAGCCACACACAUCCAGCUGAAACUAGAUGGCACAGCAUCUGUCCCAGAACCUUCACACCUUCAAGCCGGGAUUGACGGGCAUUCCUGGAUGUCCGGCGAAGAGUUGCUGGCUGAAGCAGUACGCGCAAGGAAGGAUUGCGACCCAGUAGACGGCAUGAACAUAGAAAGCCUUCUUACGUCUUUCUUCCUGUUUGCUUCGUAUGGUAACCUGGACAAACAGGACCAUGCCUGGUUCUACCUUUGUCAGGCAACAUCCAUGGUCUUCACGCUCGCACUCCACCGAGAGUCAAGUUAUGUGGAUCUGAGUACCGAAGAAGCAGAGGAACGACGCAGGGUGUUCUGGCUACUGUUUGUCACCGAAAGGGGCUACGCACUUCAACAAUCGAAACCGGUAAUGCUGCGCAAUUCAAUCCGCAAGCCUCAAGUACUUUGCUCCGAAGAUCCUAUUUUGGCCUACGGUUUCAUCAAUCUUAUUAGCAUCUUUGAGAAACUGACCGUCAACCUUUAUGACUGGGUCUCUGCGGGAGGCAUGGACGGCUCGUCCGAGAUGCCCCCAACGUCUGCUAUUCAGUCUAGUCUCUGCAACGCAAUUUCGGUCGACGGAGUCUCGGAGAUUCAAAAGGUCGACAUACUCAUCACCCAGCAAUGGCUGCAGACAGUAAUGUGGAAGCUUUCUAUGACUCGCGCUACUCAGCCUGGGUCUCGCGAUGAGGCGGUUCUUCCCUUUCAUCUCCCCGUUCUUGUCGGAAAAGCCGUUAUGAAUGUUAUUGGUGCUGCAUCCCAGGGAGCUGUUGAUGCUCACGGCAUUGGCAUGGAACAAAAAUUAUUCGACCUGGGUUCCUCAGUUGCAGACGUGGCACGAUCACUUAAUUCCAAGGCUGCGCACCGCCUUACUGAAGCGGCCGUCGAUCCUCGCGAACUCCUUUGGGGCAUUCUCACCACCUUAUCACGCAUCCGCGGCUCUCAGUCCUACCUCUUUCCUUCAUUGUUGGAGCGAUGCAAAGGCGCCCUGGACUUCACCUCCCCCACGUCGAUGGGUAACUUCCUUCCUCCCUUAUCCACUGCUUCCACAUGGGAAGAGGAAACGGGGCUCGCCGUGGUUUCUGUUCCGGAGAAUCCUGACCCUCAUGAACAAGAGGCAGCAUUAAUGGAGCCGCUAUCGCAGCUCUUACCAACUCCACAGGUGCAAUUCCCGGAAAAUAAUCUUUUGAACUAGGAAGGCAACUACGACGAUGACGAUGCUAGCAUUAAUCCGCGUUUGUUACGACUUUGCUUAUGUUAUGAUACCAUUUAUCCGGAGACUAUGUGGCAAUGUAUAGGGCAUGAAGGUGAACUGUAUGUAAUAAAGCAUGUAUAUAGGUGAUGAGACUAUCUAUAUGAUUACCGAUUGUGGUCGAAUAUUAGCUGAACCACCACGCAUUGCACUGGACUAAUCAGCCAUCACACUUCUGUUAAUCUGAA